UACAGUCAGCCACAUCAAGGCAACAAGCUUUAUAAUUAUCACUUUAAUAUCUGCAUAUAAAUUUAUCUGAAUCACACUUAAUCAAAGCACACAAGUGACAGAAAACAGUUAACGCAGCUCAGAAGGAUUUCUGAUUCCUGCCUGAACAUGACAUAUCGGCCCCGUUCUCCCUGUGCAAGUUAAAAUGUCAUAGGAAGUCACACAAAAUCCUGUGAUUUACUGAAAAAAAAAAACUUUGGACAAUGAGCCACAAAAUUAAACUUCCUCCUAAAGUUGGGGAGUGGACAAAAGAGCACGUUCAGCAGUGGUUGGUUGAAGAACUGAAGAUAGAUCAAACAUGGGCUGACAAACUGUACGAGGAAGAAGUUUCAGGAAAAGAACUAAUUUGCUUUAAAACAAGAGAUUUACGUGAACUAGGCAUUAAGCAUGGUCCAGCAGUUAGAAUCAUAAACACAUUAGAGACAUUAAUAAAGUCUCAUGAAAAUGUGUCAGAUUCUGAAAUGCCUACAGACAUCUCCCAAACACAAUCACCUUCAGAGCCUCCUGGAUGUUCCAGAACACAGGACACUGAGGGAAAGUCAGACACGUUAUUAAAUGAUGAUAUGUCAGUCAGUGUAACACAAUCAAGACAGAAAGCUAAGAAAUCAAACCAAGAAUGUUUACCAAAUCCUGAUAUCUGCAAGAAUCUGGAAGCCAAAAACCCAAACAAAGCAUCUUCUAGCAAUAUAACUGAAGCAAAAGUGGAAAAAACCCUCUGUGACAUGGCUGCAAGUAAACCAACAGAAAUUUCCACAGUACAGUCCUCACAAAAAGGGGGGGGGGAAGGUAAACCUAAAGGAUCAUCUAUGAAUGUGCCUGACCAAGUUACACGGAGAGAAUCUGAAGAACCAGAAGACCUUAAAACACAGGACACAAAUAGAGAAAAAGUACCAGAAAUGAAAAAGACUGAGAUGCAAACAAAAUGUAAACACUCAUGCAGUUUCUGUCCAUUUGACCAGAAGUCUGUCACUUACAGAUAUAUUGAAAACUACAGAUUACCACCAGAGUCAGGACCAAGUAAUCUAGUUGACCCAGUACAUGAAUACAAGUUUUCAGGAAGAGCAGAAGACAUUGACAUCUUGAAGAAAAAAAUCAACAAAGAGGUUUUUCGUUUUGCAGCAGGAUGCAUGAAUAGCAGGACAAAUGGAACCAUCCACUUUGGGGUGGCAGAUUCCAAAAACUCUGAGUAUUGUCAUGGUGAGAUUAUUGGGGUCAGUAUUGAUAAAACUGACAUCAUCAUUGACCACUUUCAUCAGGGCAUCAAAUCAUACUUUGAAGACAAUUUUGAUGAUGCAAAAAGAUGCAUCAGAGAACCCCGCUUUGUGGAAGUGUUAAACAGUGACAGCACCUCAUCUAGCAAAUAUGUCAUAGAGGUGGACGUUGUCCCCAGUCACAGUGUAGUUUAUGGUAAAAUAUAUUAUACCCAGACACUGGAUGAAGAGAAUCAAUGGAAGAAAAGCAAAGGAAAAUCACUGUUUAUUAGGGACGGAGCAGCAACCAGAGACAUAUGUAAAAUUGGGAACCCCAAAGAUUUGCAAGUCGAAUUAGCUAAAGUGACUACAGGCCUGAAUGUUCUAGACACAAUGAGAAAGCAGGCAGAAAAGAAGCCACAAAGCAAAAAAAAAUUAAACCAGGGAGAAAUGCUAAAGAAUCUGUUUACGUGUGGAAGUGGUACUCUUGAUCAUUACGAUUAUUACAUAAUUGUAAUGAACAAAAGCCACGAGGAUCAACUGCCAAACCUAAAGUUUCUGACUGCAUUGAAAUUAUUCUGUGUGUUAGACUUCGAUCCAGAUUCAGUGAAAAAUGGAUCCUGUCACAGCUACAGAAAAACCAGAAUUGCAAAUCUUCACACCCCUGGACAGUUUCAUGGGGAUCCAGGGCCAUUAAUACAAAAACUAAACUUGUACAAACAAACCAGUUGGGUGUUGUGCAAUGGAAGAGUGGACAUUGAUAAGGAAUCUAAUAAACCACUGUCUCCUAGUGAGUGGUUAACAAAAAGAGCUGGUGAAGUGCAGGACAUGAUUUCCUUCCUCUGCAAUCCAGAUACUCUUCCAAGAGGGAGAUUCAUGGUCAUCUUCCUCCUUCUCUCUGUUGUUGAAGCCAUGAAUGAUCCAAUUUUUGACACUUUCAUGUCAUUUUACAAGAAUCUCGGAGGAACACAGAACAUCAUAAGCAUAUGCAUACCGGACAAUGCUUUUCAGAAAUGGAAAGACUUCAUCCAAACAAGAACAGAACGUGACAUUGAUGGUCAAAGCAUCUAUGAAUUAGAACUCAGUGAAAUCAAUGGAACUAUACUAGAAAAACAGAAUCAGACAACAGACAGACUACUACCAUCUGUUGAUGGAAGCUCAGUGGUUCUAACACAGAUAGAUGAGGAUUCGAUGCCUGCUGUGGAUAUCCUGUGUCAGAACCAGUGUGAAAAUGAGCAUGAAGAGGACAGUGAAGAAUUCCAAGACUUCAAACUCAAAAAAGAGGCAGAGUUCUACCGGGGUGACAAGGUGGAAUGGUGGAACUUCUACUUUUCAGACAAAACUCCGACAAAGCCUUUCAUAAAACGAAACAAAUAUACCCAGGUCAGGAACAUGAUCACAUCCCAAACCAAUGAGCCCACAAGUACAUGUGUCAUGGUGAAUCUUUUUCAUCACCCUGGAUGUGGUGGCACAACUUUAGCCAUGCAUGUGAUGUGGGAUCUGAGAAAAGAAUUCAGAUGUGCUGUGUUAAGAGAUAACACAAUCUCAAAAACAGAGGUGGCACAACAAGUUAAUUACCUCAUAAAGUGUGGAAAAACAGGAUCUUCACGUAAAACCCCGGUUUUGUUAUUAGUGGAAGACUCAGAAGACACAGAGAACACACAAGAGCUGCAGCACUGUCUAAGGAAAACCAUUGGUGAAAUGGGUGCUUUAGUCGUCAUCUUGAACUGUGUACGUUCAAAAAAUCCAAAAGAAAAAUACAAAAACAGUGUAAUUGACAGCCAGUACAUCACUGCUGCUUUGUCAAAGGAUGAACAAAAUGCUUUUGAAGUAAAGCUUAAAGAACUUCAAAAAGAUCAUGACAAACCUGAGAGCUUCUACAGUUUUAUGAUCAUGAAAAGUAACUUCAAUCAGGAGUAUGUGGCAAACAUUGCAAAUAACAUCUUAAGAGAUGUUGAUGUUGGAAGCAGAGAAGCCCAACUUCUCUCUAUCUUGGCACUGCUUAACACAUAUGUGGCAGACUCAUCCAUCUCUGAGUCACUCUGUGAGGAUUUCCUUGGCAUUAAAAGGAAGCUCUGGGGGAAAGAAUCAGUAAUGAAUAAAAUGGAGCCUUAUUCAUGCUUAUUGAUUGAGUUCCAAAAUGAAAAAUGUGGAGUGUACAAAGCCAUUCGCUUUGUUCAUCAACGUAUUGCAGCAGAGUGUGUCAAGGUAUUAGAGGAAAGGCACAGCAGCCCAAGAGCUGACAUAAUACUCAAUAUGCUACACACUGAUCUGUUUUUUGAAAGAGGAAUAGGCAAAGAUAACCUACUGCAGUCACUGAAGAGCAUGCUAAUCACACGGCAACGCAAGACAGAAGGUAACGAGAAGGACACAUUGUUUUCACCUUUGAUCGAAGACAUAAAAUCUGGAAAUGAUGGAAUGAAAAAAAUUCAACAAAUACUAACUGAAGCAUCAAAGAGACUUGAUAAAGACUUUACAAUUCCUCAAGCUUUGGCAAGGCACUACUAUCUGAUUGAAAAAAACUUUGCCCUUGCAAAGGACUGGGCAAACAGUGCUAAAAUCAUCAAAGAAAAUUCAUACACUGUUGACACAGUUGGACAGGUCUCACGAAAUGAAAUAAAACAUAAAAUGGAUGGUAAAAAGCAAAAACCUUACACACCUGAUGACUUGAAAGAAUUUCUUGAGCUAGCUACAGCUGCAAUAAAAGCUUUCCAAAGAGCUCAAGUCUUGGCAAAGACAGAUGACAAUGCUGAUAUUGAGGAGAGGUGUCAAAAGCAAAACACCUACAAUAUAUCCGGACACAUGAAUGAGAUUGACAUUGCUAUGACAGUCUUUGAAAUUGUGAGGAAGCUUCCAUUGUUUCCGGAGAAAGACGCCAUGAAAAAUGAGUACAUUAAGCAGUUUUUUAAAGGAAAGCUGCCACUGUCUUCAAUGCCCAUUGCUCAAACUGAUGCCAAUCAGAAACUUGUUGCUGUUCUGAAGGACUAUGAGUCAUUUCUAAUUUCCUUGAAGUCAAAUGUGGACAAAGCUUUUGAAUUCCUUGAAGUGUUCUUCACCUACACAAGAGCAAAAGGUGAGGCUGACAAAGAAAAACAGAACAAAAAUAGGAGCUGGAUCUCUGAUCAUUUUAAAAACUACAUGUCUUUGUUUUGUUCAUCAUCUGAGGAAAAACUGAAUCAGAAAACAUGUAAACCCAAACUUAGUUUAAACAUGGAAAUAGAAGAAUGCAGGGUUUUCCUUGAAGAAAAGAGAGCAAACUGCUUUCCAAGAAUUCUCCAAUUUUUGGAGGUCCGGAAAGAAUUGAUUGAACCAAUUGCUGAAAAACAUUCAUUCAUAUAUCAGAAUUGUAAUGACAAAUCUCUUCAGGACAAGACAAAUCAUUUGCUCACACACAUAAUCCUUAAAUUGAUCCAACCAAAAUCAAAACGGGCAAAAUCCCAAAAAGAGUUGACUGAUCUUUUGAAAGAAAUUUUACAGGAAGCUGGACUUUCGCAUCAGUAUCCAGAACCAUACUACCUUGCACUGCUGUUGCUAUGGCCUGGAAAGAAAAAUGCGGACAAACAAAUAGCUACAUAUGUGGAAAAGAUAAGAAACACAUCUCGAAAGCAACUUUCUCCCAUCUUUAGAGCGAGAGCCCCAAUUGCCCACUUAUAUUUGGGAAAAUCAGAAGGAUUAGACAGGUUGGUUUCCAAAACAGUCCUUGAUGGUUGUUUCAACGGCGUUCCACGGCUAAAUAUUCUCUGGCAGAAUGGAGACAUCUUCAAGGAAGAGGCAAUUAAAGAGAAGCUCCUCAGAGUAAAUGGCAUUAUCGAGCAAGGAGAUCUGUAUGCAGAGUAUGGCAAACUACAGAUCCCUGUCCGGCCUGCUUACCUUGGUGGAAUAAGAAGUGGGCGCAGUACAGAGAAAGUGUACUUCUAUGUAGGCUUUGCCAUUGAUGGGCCGCUUGCUUAUGACAUUCAAUAUGAAGAUAGCUAGAUCAUAAAUAUAGGGAUUGCCAUCAAUGGACCUUGUUGAUGGAAGACACCCAGACUGCAAACAAGGCAAUCAAUUUCCUAUAUGUGCUGCAGUAGUUACUUGUUCCUGUGUAUCAAAAUAAUGUCUAUGUGAAAUCUGUAAACUAUAUACCAACUGCAAGAUCAUUAUUUUUUUUAUGUAAUGGGCUAAUUAGAACUUAAAAUAUUGUUGAAAAAUGUAAACUUUGUUCAAGAAGAUAUCUGUGGUAAUUAGUAUUUGCAGAGAGAUGGGCAAAUAAUAAUGGUUAAUUCUCUUGCAGGACAUACAUUUUUGUAUAACAGAUGUUAUCAAAAUAUUUCUAUAUAGCUAUUUUGUGACUGUGUAUUGUUUGGACUAAGUAGAAAUGUUUUUUUGGAUACUUGUUUUUCUGGAUGCAGAAUAUGUAGUUCUGAUGCAACAAUGAAAACCUAAUGAAGAGUCACACAAACUCUCUACAGAAAAUCCACAUUUAGACAUUGUACAUAUACUGUUAAAAAUGCUUAUAAAUAAAGCAUACAUACUAUAUUUUAA